AUGAAGCUUGGAAGCAGUCUUUGCAUCCUGAACGUUGGCGGUCGCAGGUUUUCCUUCUCGGCGGAGUUGAUGAAGCACCUUCCUCUCAGCAGACUCAGCCGGCUGCAUCGCUGCGUGUCGGAGAGCGAGCUGCUGGAGCUCUGCGACGACUACGACCGCGACAGAAACGAGUUUUUCUUCGACCGCCACUCGGAGGCCUUCAGCUUCAUCAUGCUGUACGUGCAGCACGGGAAGCUGCGCUUCGUGCCGCACAUGUGCGAGCUGUCCUUCUAUAAUGAGAUGCUGUACUGGGGCCUGGAGAGCGCCGACCUGCAGCCGUGCUGCCAGCGACGCCUCGACGACCGCAUGUCCGACUGCUUCGUCCACUUCUUCCCCGAGGAGGAGCCACGGGUCCCGGAGGGGCCCCAGAGCCCCUGGCUGGAGAGGAUGAGGAGGACGUUCGAGGAGCCCACGUCCUCUCUGGCAGCGCAGAUCCUCGCUGCGGUGUCCGUGCUGUUCGUGAUCAUCUCGAUGGUGAUGCUGUGUGCCAGCACCUUACCGGACUGGAAGACCGCCGAGACCCUGGACCAGCACAGGAUCAUCGAGGCUGUGUGUAUUGGUUGGUUCACAGCAGAGUGUAUUGUCCGUUUCCUCGUGUCUCGGGACAAAUGUGAGUUUGUGCGUCGUCCUCUGAACAUCAUCGACCUGCUGGCCAUCACGCCGUACUACGUCUCUGUUACUGUGACCAUCCUGACCGGGGAGAACUCUCAGCUGCAGCGGGCUGGCGUCACGCUGCGUGUCCUGCGUAUAAUGCGGAUCUUCUGGGUGAUCAAACUGGCGCGUCACUUCCUGGGCCUGCAGACGCUCGGCCUGACGCUACGGCGCUGCUACCGCGAGAUGAUGAUGCUGCUGGUCUUCAUCUGCGUCGCCAUGGCGAUCUUCAGCGCGCUGGCCCAGCUGCUGGAGCACGGCCUGGAUCUGGAGGCCGGAAAUCAGGACUACGCCAGCAUCCCCGCCGCCUGCUGGUGGGUCAUCAUCUCCAUGACAACGGUGGGGUACGGGGACAUGUACCCGGUGACGGUGGCGGGUCGCGUGCUGGGCGGCCUCUGCGUGGUGAGUGGCAUCGUGCUGCUGGCGCUGCCCAUCACCUUCAUCUAUCACAGUUUUGUCCAGUGCUACCAUGAGCUCAAAGUUCGCUCCGCCCGCUGCACCCACAGCCUGUCCGCCGAGUUCAUCAACUGA